CGGAAGUCGCGGCGGCUCGGCCGAGUGCGGCGGCGCCACGUCUGGCUCUGAGCUCCCCUCCCCUCCCUGCCCGGGGCGGCGGCGGCGGCGGCGGCGGCGGCGGCGGCGGCGGCGGGUGCAGCGCGGACGGGUCCUCGCCUCUCCCUUCCUUCAGUGGCUGGUUCGUAGCGAGGCGACGGCGGCGACAUGUCGGACCUGGGGGACUGGUUCCGGAGCAUCCCGCUGAUCACCCGCUACUGGUUCGCCGGCUCCAUCGCGGUGCCGCUCAUCGGCAAGCUGGGCCUCGUCAGCCCCGUCUACCUCUUCCUCUGGCCCGACGCCUUCAUCAACCGCUUCCAGAUCUGGCGGCCGAUAACUGCAACUUUCUUCUUCCCAGUGGGACCUGGAACAGGAUUUCUCUACUUGGUGAAUUUGUAUUUCUUGUAUCAAUAUUCAUCACGAUUAGAAACAGGGGCAUUUGAUGGAAGGCCAGCAGAUUACAUGUUCAUGCUCCUGUUUAACUGGAUCUGCAUUGUUAUAACUGGCUUGGCAAUGGACAUGCAGUUGCUGAUGAUUCCACUCAUCAUGUCAGUACUUUAUGUGUGGGCCCAGCUGAACAGAGACAUGAUUGUAUCAUUUUGGUUUGGAACAAGAUUUAAGGCCUGUUACCUUCCAUGGGUUAUUCUGGGAUUCAACUACAUCAUCGGUGGAUCAGUCAUCAAUGAGCUGAUAGGAAAUCUCGUUGGACACCUGUAUUUCUUCUUAAUGUUUAAAUAUCCAAUGGAUUUGGGAGGAAGGAAUUUUCUGUCCACACCUCAGUUCCUGUACCGCUGGCUGCCAAAUAGGAGAGGAGGAGUGUCAGGGUUUGGUGUCCCACCUGCUAGCAUGAGAAGAGCUGCAGAAGAUCAGCAGGGUGGUGGAAGACACAACUGGGGCCAAGGUUUCCGGCUAGGUGAUCAGUGAAGAACUCCUGCCCUUGGAAAACAGCAACUCUUCGGUUUUAAUUGGACGUAGAACCGACCCUUCCUGGUGCAGAGCAUGCUUAAGAACUGAGCUCUCUGUAGUACUGUUGGAUUUAACUGAUUAGAAAGAAUGUUUCUGGUUCAAGAGAAAAUAAAAAAAUCCAGAAGGGAAAAAUGUAGAUCUUAUUCCAGGUUAGCCAGUAGUGUCCAAUUUGAUUCUGCCAUUAGAAAACCCCUUCUUUAUACAGUAUUGUCUGUCUGUCACAACAGACAUCCAUUAUGCCAUCUUGUUCUGUGAUGGGAUGGAACGAGCUAAUGGUGUUCUGUCUCACCUGGUAUGUUAAAAGCUUUGUCGACUGGUAGGGUUAAGAAUCCAGUCUGAGGCAGAUGGUUCAUACUAACCCCUGAGUUUAGGAGGCCUACUUUUUCCAUAGCUGUACUGAAGUCCCAGGGUCUUUGGAAACAUUAUUUAAGUGAUAUCUGCUGCAUUCAUAAAGCAAAGUGCUAAUGUUUCGUUUCCAUUGUUAGGCUGUGUUUUGAGAGGAGUUUUUCUCUUGCUGUGCUGUCCUAGUUGCUACAGCAUGGGCUGGGGAAGACUAAGGAUAGGAGGGCUUUCAUUUGAAAUGGCAAUAACAUAUUCACAGAACUGAAAUCUCUGAACUCUUUGUGGCAUAUUAUAAGGCUUGCUCUGUUUAAAAUGAAGUUACCUGGCUUGGGUUUUUUUUUCCCUCCCUAAGAUCUGUGAAUUCUUGGCUUCAAGGUUUCUAUUUUGAUUGCAAAAUUGGGUAGCACAAAUACUCCUUAAACUAGAAAAUGUAACAUAUCAUUGUGGUUAAUGUAAAGGGUACUGACCGCAGCAUUAUGUUUGUUAGCUGAAUCUUCAACUUUCUCUUAAAAGCUUUAAGACAUCAAAGAAUCAAAGCUGGAAAUAAAUUUUUCCAGGGUCAAGAACAGUAGAACAGUUGCUUUACUUCAGGACUCUUUCAUUGUCAAAUAAGAAAUUGCAUACACUGUUUAUCACUGUCUGUACUUUUUUUGGUAAAACUUUUUGACAUGGAAAAGGGAACGAUUCUCUACAGAGUAGUUUUCCUUGUAGUGGGUUCCAUAGGCAGAGCACAGGGUGAAGAUCCAGGAAGUUGCAGUGAGGUUGUUACUGACUCACUGCAUGGACUUGAGCAAACUUCUUACUUGUCUCAGUUUUCCCAGCUGUAAGGAGGACUCGUGCAUGUCUCAUAGCAUUCCUAAAGGUAGCUGUCCUCUGCUCCCCUAGGUGGUUGCUGCUAGUGAGCAAGGUCAGGCUUGUGUUCACAUAAAUGACAACACUUAAGCUAGGAACACAAUUUCUCUGAGCUUAACCGAGACUUCUAAGUUGGAAUAUAGUUGGUAUCUUUUUGGUUUAUAGUUGGAGGAAGAAGAGCACCGUCACUAGGUAGGAUGAGAUUCAAGUCUCUGACCGAAUUUCCCUUUAGCAUUGUCUUUUUACUGAGUAGGUAGAGCACAGGAAGCUGUUCUGCCCCAACUUAGGUAUCUCAGGUAUCUAUAAGUAGAUGAAGUGAAUCUGUACCAAAACAUUUUUAUUACUGCUUUGUUUCUUCAGUAAACCUGGGUUCUGAAGGCUUAAGAACUUGUAAAUGCUAUGUGAUGUGAAACUGAGUGAAAAGCAAGCAGUUGGCCUGGAAGUUUUUAGCUGGCGUGCUUGAAAAACGUGCAUGCUCUAUUUCUUCACAACAGCUCAAGUUUGUUGGUUUGGCUUGUCGAAAAGUGUAGAGGUUGGUAAUGACCACAUUGUGUUUUACAGAAACUUGGAGUUCAGAACUCACCUGCCAUUUUUGUCUAUUCAGUGAUGACUUUUAACGAUGCUCUUGUCUCUGUAUAAAAUGUAGGCAGAAGAGAGGACUCUGCAGUGUUGUAAAUACUCAUCUAUUAUUGACCGACAGCUGUUACUUGAUGCUCAAAGUGAAGAGUUUGAGAACCAUCAUUUAUAUAGGAGUCAUGAUGCAGCUGGUCAUUUUAGUCAUAGUAAUAUCACUGUCUCCAAAGCAUUUGUCUUCAUUUUAAGUCAGGACCUAAAUGUUACAUGAAGAUGCAAUAGUUUGUGGCUCAGCUAAACCCCCGGCACACUCAAAUUGCAGAACACCUUUGUAGAGAAAGCCAGAGGGAAGGUUUGAGUGGGAAGAGGCAUGGCAAAAGUCAAUGUCCUGGCCCAGUGCUGGCUCUUGCUUUCUAGCGCAUCCUCCUUCUCUAAAUUAAGAGGAAAAGGUUUGCAAGGAAAGUAGACUUCUGAUAAGUCUUGAUUAGCUUUUGAGCUGCUUCAGGUCAAUUUACAUUGGUUUAUGGAAAACUCACUUUGGAAUUCCGUAUUACGAGCUUGGUUUGUUUGUUUCUCACUUGUCACUUGACCUGAAGCAGUGUUUGCCCUCCAGUGUAUGCUGACAGUGAUGGUCUCUUGUUAAAUGAGUACCUCCUUUCUUAUUUUGUACAGAUAAUUCCCCUUUUUGUAAUCAAUUUUUGUUGGCAAAGUUUUAAAUUAAAGUUUUAAUCUGUGUUGCUGUCUCUUUCGCUAAAUCAUAUUUCAGCUUAAGACAAGCCUUGUGAUCUUCGUGUCUCUGAGGAAUGUCUGCCAGCUGCACUGUGACACCACCUCCUGCUGUUGAUAAAAGUGCUCAAGAAAAUGACCUGCUUUUGGGUGGGGAGUAUUGUCUUCUCUGAUCAGUUGCAAAAUUGUAAAGGCAUUUUCUUUGUCUCUGUUUAUCACCAUGAGUUUCGACAGUCUGUGCCCUUCCUGGGCUAUUAACGUUAUACAGCUUUUUUGGUAUACUUGAUUAUUCAUCCUUUAUUGUCCUCUGGGAGGAAACAUCCUUCUACUCACCUUUGAACUUUGUGGGAUUGACAGAGAUCACUCGCUUUUCCUGGCGUAAGCGUGGUAUUCUGCAGUAUGUUCCCUCUGUCCAGCCAGAUGUGCACAGCUGCCAGAAUUCCUUUCAAGGCUCUUAGCUGGUUUGGAGACACAUCGAGCGCCACUCAUCUGGUCCUCAUUGUUCAUCUGACUCCACUUUUCCAGUUUGAUACCAUAGAGGCACCAAAAAAGAUUGUGGACUUGGUACAUAAGGCACUGUUAAUUUGUUGUGCUUCUUGAACUGCAAAGUCGUGCUCCAUACUAAGUACACCAGACAGAACAGUGUAGCAAGUAUGUGCCUUUCGAUUUUGAUCCAGCUGCAUAGUCAGCAGAAGAGCCAGGAAUAUGAAAUCAAAUGCUUCUAAAAUGCUUCAUCUCUCAUUCCUAUCACUCUGUCUUGGCGACAGCUCCUCUCAACUCAACUUGGUAAUGUGGUGAUGCCAGUGACUUAAUGAGAAAUGGGACCUGUUGCUUCAUUCUGUCAUCUAAUUGUCACACUGAGAAAACUGAGAGGCUUUCAUUUUCAGAAAUGCAUAUUGUUUGAAAUACAACAUAAGAUUCCUUCUGUGUUUAUGUAUCACUGGGUACCUUAUCGGAGGGGAAAGCUGCUUUGCCUUGAUGGUUAAAGUAGUGAGCUGGAGAGGUACACAUUAAUUUACAGUCUGAAGCCUCUGAUAUAACAUGUCACCUAAAGGCUUUGUAAUCCUCUUCUGCAUCUAUAAAAUGAAGAUGAUUCAUAGUCUCCCUUGUUCCGUGCUAGGCUUAGGGUGAUGGAUUAAUUUGUACUUGCUCUAGUAUGGCAGAGCACUAAUUUUGGUGAAGGUGUUCUUCACGUGUAGUAGUAAAUGGCUUUUCUUGUUUUGUGCUUUCCUAGAUUCUUGUUUUGCCAUGGAUGAUAGUAACAGUGUGACUUGAAAUUCAGAAUUGAGUCUAUUGUCAUGAUUUGCUAAAUGUGUAAUAUGUGCAUAUUAAGCAGAAGUACUUGCAUCUAAAAGAUGAUGUUGUUUUCUAGAAUUUAAAAGAUGAAAACAUUUCAGGUACUUGUAUUUUUCAAGCACAUUUUGGUUGGUGAAAGGAGUCGUCUUCACAGCAGUGGCUCACCCUUUUAUCAUCAGGAAGAUGAUCUAGGAGGAGUGAUUACAGUACUUGUGAGCAAAAGUUGCAUAAAAGGAGCAGAAACUGUGGGAUGCUGGCAAGGCCUCUGCAGAAUCUUCUUGAUGUUGGAGGGGAAAAAGUGCUGAUGAAACCCUAACUGGUGCCUGAAGGUGGUUUGGAUUUUUUGUUUUGUUCCCUCUCUCAUGGACAAAGCUGUUGCAAAAUGCCAUUAGAGCUCACAUCAGCUCUGAAGGCCAAGUUUCUCUGGACUACUAACCAGCUGUAAGUGUACCAUGAUGAAGACCAUGGCAACUGGAGGCAGUGUUUAAAAUCAAAACCACCACAAACAGUUUUCUUUCAUGUAAAUGUUUACACUUAUUUCUUAAAAGAGAUGUGUGUAUUUAGUCCCUAGACCGGCCAUGGAUUAAAGGACAGCGGAUGAA